UGUGGCUGUGCUGGUGGACUGGAGGGCCCCAUCAGACCCAGUCUCUGGAUCCAGCCCUCACAAUGACUCCGGAGAGGAGGCCCACUUCCUUCCCUGACUCAUGACUGCUUCUGGAACUGCACACCGUGAUGGAGACCCCUCUGGAGAAGGCCCUGACCACUAUGGUCACCACUUUCCAUAAAUAUUCUGGGAGAGAGGGCAGCAAACUGACUCUGAGCAAGAAGGAGCUGAAGGAACUGAUCAAGAAGGAGCUGUGUCUUGGUGAGAAGAUGAGGGAGAGCAGCAUUGACGACCUGAUGAAGAGCUUGGACAAGAACAGCGACCAGGAGAUUGACUUCAAGGAGUACUCGGUGUUCCUGACCACGCUGUGCAUGGCCUACAACGACUUCUUUCUGGAGGAGAACCAAUGACCGGGGCCUGGUCCCUGGCCCCUGCAGCUCUGUUCACAAACCGUGCAUGGCCCCUCAC